AAGAAGAAAUGUUCAACAGUAAUCAAGUACCGUUUGAUAAAUUAUUACCCUUGAAUCUAGAUGAUGACUUUUUGGGGUUCGAUUCAGUUUCAGUAACAACAUCGAAAUCUGAAAUGCAAAUAGAUCCUCAAUAUGAAUCAUAUGGAAGUCUCUAUCAUAAAAUACAAAAAGAUUCUAUUGACUUUCACAGCACUGUUAAUUCUUUAUUAGAUGCAAUGAAACAGACAAAUACAGCAAUUGAAUCAGAAAUAGAUUAUCUAAAGUCAGUUACCAGUCAAACAGUUGAAACAGUCAAAGUAAUAAAAAAACUAUUAAAUAGAAUUUUGCGAAAUGACCAAGAAGCCAUACAAGAAUUGAUAAAAAAACGAUGUAUUUUGGGCCGAAUAAAAUUGGAUAGUUCUUGUCAUUUAGCUGUAUUAAAGCUGGAAUUGAAGUCAUUGGGAAACCGUGAAAAAAUUAAAAUACCUACUUAUACAUACAAUAAUUAUUCUUCUUGGUAUUUGAAAAAACUUAAUGUUCAACGUUUAUUUCGUAUAUGGAGCAAUAUGAUCAUCAAGACUGUCAAUAUGCCUAUAAACAAAACCAACAACUAA